AUGUUGUUGCUCAGUGGAGGGCAGCCUGCGCUUGGCCACAACGCCUGCCGUCACUUGUGUGCUCAUUUAAUUGGAUUGGCGAGAUGGGGCCGGCGGGGAGGUGGGGAGGGGAGUGUGUUCGAGGCCCUUACGAUGGCGAUGUGCACGACGAUGGCUCGAGAGGAUGCGCCGGUGUUUUGGUCGGAGCUUGGUGCAUGUGCGUCGGGUGUCGUUGGCGCCCGGGAUGUGGGGCGUGGCGGCGCCAGUCCGGCUGGGACUGACGCCCGGGGGCAACCUGGGGGCGCCUUUGUCCCUACCGCUGCUGGUGCCGCCGCAGAUUGCGAACGUGAAUCGGAGAUUCUUGUUCGGGAUGAUGUCUGCUCGUAA